GAGGCCGCGGCGGACAUGAGGGAGGAGGCGGUGGAGCGGCUGCGCGGGGUGGUGCGGGACAGCGUCGGGAAGCACCUCUACACGUCCGCCAUCUUCCUCGCCGACAAGGUGGCCGCGGCCACGGGCGACCCCGCCGACGUCUACAUGCUCGCGCAGGCGCUAUUCCUCGGCCGCCACCACCGCCGCGCGCUCCACGUCCUCAACAACGCCCGCCUGCUCCGCGACCUCCGCUUCAGGUUCCUCGCCGCCAAGUGCCUCGAGGAGUUGAAAGAAUGGCAUCAGUGUUUGAUGAUGCUUGGGGAUGCCAAAGUCGAUGAACGUGGCAAUCUUCUUGACCAGGAUGAUGGCAGUGACAUCUAUUUUGAUAAGGAUGCUGAAGAUCACGAGAUCAAUAUCAAAUCAGCUAUAUGUUUCCUACGUGGCAAGGCGUAUGAAGCACUGGAUAAUCGGGAUCUUGCUCGGCAAUGGUACAAGGCAGCAGUUAAAGUUGAUCCGUUGUGUUAUGAGGCUCUUGAAUGCCUUGUUGAUAAUUACAUGUUAACGUGCGAGGAAGAAUCUGAGUUAUUGUCCUCUCUGAAGUUCGGGAAAGAAGAUGGGUGGCUGUCAGCAUUCUACACAUGUUUGAUUAAAAAGCAUGAAAAAGAACAUGUGGUGGAAGCAAAAUUCAAGGAACUUGAACGUCAAUCUUGCAGUAUAUCUUCUUCAAGUUCUGGUCAAAUGAUGAAAAACAACAUUGACGUUUUGGCUUGCAAAGCUGAAUACUACCAUCAGAGUGGAGAAUACCAAAAAUGUUUUGAACUCACAUCCGUGUUACUUGAAAGGGAUCCUUUUCAUUUAAAAUGCACAUUAGUGCAUUUGGCUGCUGCAAUGGAGCUUGGGCAUUCCAAUGAUCUUUAUCUUUUGUCAUGCAAUUUAGUGAAAGACUAUCCUCAAAAGGCUAUUUCCUGGUUUGCUGUGGGGUGCUAUUAUUACUGCAUUAAGAAGUAUGAUCAAGCAAGAAGAUACUUUUGCAAAGCUACAGGGUUAGAUGGAACAUUCCCUCCUGCUUGGAUUGGUACUGGUAUCGCUUAUGCUGCUCAAGAGGAGGGUGACCAGGCAAUGGCUGCUUUUAGGACAGCAGCUCGACUAUUUCCUGGAUGCCAUCUCCCAACUUUAUACAUGGGCAUGCAAUAUGUGCGAAUGCAUAAUUUCAAACUUGCAGAACAGUUCUUCAUGCAAGCGAAAUCCAUCUGUCCAUCCGAUCCACUUAUAUAUAAUGAGUUGGGUGUUGUAGCUUAUAAUAUGAAAGAGUAUCAAAAUGCAGUUCAGUGGUUUGAGUUAACACUGGAACAUACAUCAUCGUCCGUGAAUGAAAUGUGGGAACCAACAUUGGUGAAUCUUGGACACGCACUGCGAAAACUGAAGAAAUAUCAAAAGGCAAUAUCAUAUUAUGAAAAAGCACUCGCUUUUCCAACAAAAACUCUGAGUGCAUUUUCUGGUCUUGCUUACACAUACCAACUUAUGGAUAAUUUUGAAGACGCCAUAACUUACUACCACAAGGCUCUAUGGUUGAAACCAGACGAUCAAUUCUGCACAGAAAUGCUAACUUCAGCUCUUGAGAGCAGUUGCCAGAGCACUGCUCGGAGAAAAUAGUUUAGGCAUAGUCGUUCCAUGCAAAUUGCGUAUUUUAUUUUUUUGGGCAAAUCUGGCCUUUUGACAAAACUAGUCCCCUCUUUUGACCCCCCGGUAAAACUAUUUCGGAAUGUGACCCCUAUGGUCGGCGCCACAGAGGACGACACCGAAGUUGUGCAGGUUGACGCCAACGAAAUUUAGCACGGAACAGCUCUAGGAGCUUGGCGCCACAUUGGCACCGGCCUUGUUCCGGCUCCACGCGGCUUGGUGCCGACCCUGCUUCGGCGCCAGUCAGUCUUGGCGCCGACCUGCACAACUUUAGCACCAUUCUAAUGGCGCCGAUCCUAGGGGUCAGAUUUCGACAUAGUUUUGCCGGGGGGCCAGACGAGGUAGUAGUUUUGCCGGAGUAUCAUAUCUGUCAAAAAAAUAAGCAAAUUGCAACGGGUGCUGUUGUAACUCAAGGGUGUUGCCCUGGCACCAAAUGCAUUCAUUUGUAGCCAAUUGUUGUAAAGUUAUUGAUGUGCAAAGUAUGUAAUGGCUCAAGUUCAUUUGUAACCACCCACAACCCAGAUAGACAGAUACUGGAUUUCCCGGUGUACUAUUGUGUGACAUUUUGCUGGUUUUUACUACUAAUGUAAAUACCACCAUGCCUUUUUGA